AUGACUGAACGAAGAAAUUCAAUGCUUCAAGUGUUUCUUUGCUCCAGCGACCGCAAGUGUCGUCGUCCUUUGCCUCGCAGAAAGCCUCAUCCUUCCUCGAGCGCCUCUCCCCUUGGUGGAAUGAGCUCACCACCGCCCAAAUUCCCUUUCAAACGUUUCACUAAAAUUCUAGGGCAAAAAACACGCUCAGCUAAAGAAUCGUUUGACAAUCUAGCCACCGGCUCUCUUGAGUUAUGGAGCAAAGCGCGACGUCGAAUCUUCCCACGCGCAACUCUCUCACGGCAGUUCUAUCUCCAACAAGCGAGGUUAUCAGCGUCCUCUAUGAACCAUGCCGAUAUUUCAGCACCUAGUGUCACAAGCCUAGCAGGGACAGAUGCUACAACAGUAGCAACCGCAACAUCAUUCGGGGGAUUAGAGCCCGCCCUUGAAUGCAUUCUACACCCAGCAAGGGAACCUGCAGAGAGGAUCUCCAUAGUGCCAUGCGAGCCUGGCAAAUCAAUUCUCAAAUCCUUCCAACACAGCAUUCAUCAUGGACUUUGCGCCGCUGAAGAAGAAACUAUCGCUAAUACGUCCCUCAAUUUACUCAUGACGUUCCAAAAAUCCGCGCUCAAGAGCAGGGCUUCGACGGGGUCACUCCAUUCGCGCAUGCGUCGCAGCGCCAUGUCCAAGGAUCCAUCGUCAAUAAACAGAACCCAUAAUUCCCCAGCUGGAAUUCUGGCUAUGGCGAAGAACGAAUAUCGACCGUCGAAUCCAGGGUGUCAUUGCUUGACUGGCUGCGUAUGUCGAGUUCUAGAGCGAUAUUUCCUCAAUAUCAUCCCUGACCACAGCGACUCCGCGGACGAAGCCGGCAAGGAAGCGCCAAAAAAGUCAAGGGGUGUGAGCUUUGGUCAUGCCGAUAUAUACCCCAUCUCACCUGUGGGUGACAGCGGCGAUGAAUGGUCGUUGUACGCUGAUUACAGCUGGCUUGAUGAAAUGGAGACGGCGGUGGAAGAUUAUGGAGAUGAUAUUCUUGACCUCCUGGAGACAUAUGAUUCUGAUGAAGACGUUUUGAAUAGUUAA